AGACUCCCACCCUCACUUGUUCGUCUCGAAGAAACAAUGUCUGCUCCUCUGCUUCUCAGAGCCGUUCCUCUCCUCCGUCUCCGACAUCACAGACUUGCCGCCCCCCUCUUCACGCUUGCGCAGCGUCCUUGGUGCUCUUCCACCGAGUCGAGUCGGUCGGACGUGAAUGUAUCCUAUGCGGACAAGAACACCACAGUCUUGAGUUCCAGGGAUCCAGCUAACUACCCCAGAUGGGAUGAUCCUGAUUUCCGGAAGUGGAAAAAUAGAGAAGAAGAGAUCCUCAGAGACAUUGAACCCAUCACUUCGCUCACCAAAGAGAUUCUCCACUCGGACAGGUACAUGGAUGGGGAACGUCUAACCGCUGAAGAUGAGAAAGCUGUGGUGGAGAAGCUUCUCAUUUACCAUCCACAUUCGGAAGAUAAAAUUGGAUGUGGACUGGAUUGCAUUAUGGUUGACCGACAUCCUCAGUUUCGACACUCAAGGUGCCUGUUUGUUGUAAGGACUGACGGUGGAUGGAUAGAUUUCUCUUAUCAGAAAUGCCUUCGAGCAUAUAUUCGUGAUAAGUACCCAUCUCAUGCAGACCGAUUCAUUCGUGUGCAUUUCAAACGCAGUAGUGGUUAAUGUAUCUUAGCCCGGAUGCUUAUAUUGGAGAUGGGCAAUGAUUUUUGAUAUCAACGGAGCCCUCUCAAUUGGGCCUCAUGCGGUUGUGUCAUGUAUGUAUGAAUAUUUUGCAACUGCCCUGCAUUUUGCCUGCGAGUAUUUAAUUAAAUAACUUACAUUAUAGCCUA